AUCUAGGUCGAGCACGAGUGUCGAAAACAUCGACUGCAAAUAACUGAAUGCUGUUCUAUGAUUUACAAUGAAAUGCAAAAUAAAGCUCUUCGUUUUCGAUAUUGUUCUUUUAUUGAGCCAGUUUAGCACAAGUGAUGCAGACUAUGAAUGCGUGUGCAACUACGAUAUUUUACAAGCAGUACAUCAACUGGAAGAUGCCGGUUCAUCUUUGUUUGGUUAUAUGUCUGAGUUUGACUGCAAACCGGAAGCACCAAAUGUUCAGUCAUCAGGUGGAUGGUAUGCUGUCAUGUACGAACACAACCUGGGAUUUGUUAAGGAAACAUCCAACGUCCAAUCCCUGACAUGUCCCGGGAUCAUUCCAGCAACAGAUAUGUAUGGAUCGACGAGCCUUCUGUAUCCUCCAGUCACGACACAUAUGCCAAUUCCAACUACAACCAGAACAACUACCUUCAAGCCAGUCACAACACAUACACCUGUUCCAACUACAAUCUUCAAGCCAGGAGGGAAUAUUUGUCUUGCCUGUACGGAUUCUCCUCGGACCCAAGAAUGCCUCUACACUAUGACAUGUGAAACACACGAGAAUUGCUAUACCGACGCAUUCGAGAAUCCAAAUGGUGACAUCAUUUUCAAUAUGGGCUGUCGUGAUAAUCAACUCUGUGGAUCUUCCGGCAAACGAGAAGUGGUUAACAGAUCAUCCGGUAAUACGCUGCUUUGCGCAGAGUGUUGCACUGAAAACAUUUGUAACGCUGCCCUCUGUGGACAAACUGGUCUGCCCUAUGUUGGCCCCGUGUGUUUCAAGUGCGAUCAAGCAAGCACGCCGAGUUCGUGCAACCAGAUAACACUCUGUGGACGGGAUGAAGUUUGCAUCGUAGAGAAAAUCAUCGGUUUGCUGACCCACGCUACGCUAUACAAGUCAGGCUGUUAUCACAAAGCACAAUGUGAUAGGCACGCCCACAACCUAAGUUUGGUUGGACGGAAGAGAUAUGACAACACACUUAUGUCAGUGUUGUGACUCUUACCUUUGUAACCAUGGACACGCCUGAACCUUUUCCGGUAGGGUGUUGGCGACUGGAGCAGUGGCGCCAAAACAUUAAUUGACAAAGCAUUAAAUCCAAUUAAAUGUGUAUUUGUGUCAA